AUGCUCAAGCGGCACGGCGGCCGGGCCGGGGAGGAGGAAGGCGGCGGGGACGGCUACGUGGACGCGCGGCUGUCGCGGCGUAUCUUGGAGCAGGCGCGGCAGCAGCAGGAGGAGCUGGAAGCUGAGCAUGGCCCCGGCGCGCCCGCCGCCCCCAGGCAGCGCAGCACGGCGCUGGGCCCGGCGGUGCGCGGCCCCGGCUCGGACUCGGAGGAUGACGAGGAGUGGCCCUCGCUGGAAAAAGCGGCGGCGGUGGCAGCAGGACGGAGCGGGGAGUACGGCGGGGAGGUGGUGGUGGACCCCGAGGACGAGAAAGCCAUCGAGAUGUUCAUGAACAAGAACCCGCCGCUGAGGCGCACGCUGGCGGACAUCAUCAUGGAGAAGAUCACGGAGAAGCAGACGGAGGUGGAGACGGCGCUGUCGGAGAUCUCGGGCUGCCCCAUGCCCCAGCUCGAUCCCCGCGUCCUGGAGGUCUACAGGGGCGUCAGAGAGGUGCUGUCCAAAUACAGGAGUGGGAAACUCCCCAAGGCAUUUAAAAUCAUUCCUGCCUUGUCCAACUGGGAGCAGAUCCUCUACAUCACGGAGCCGGAGACAUGGACAGCAGCUGCCAUGUACCAAGCCACCAGGAUAUUCUCAUCCAACCUGAAAGAGAGGAUGGCCCAGCGGUUCUACAACCUGGUGCUGCUGCCGCGGGUCAGGGAUGACAUUGCUGAGUACAAGCGCCUCAAUUUUCACCUCUACAUGGCUUUGAAGAAGGCUUUGUUCAAGCCAGCAGCCUGGUUCAAAGGGAUCCUCAUCCCCCUCUGCGAGUCGGGGACCUGCACGCUGCGGGAGGCCAUCAUCAUCGGCAGCAUCCUCACCAAGUGCUCCAUCCCCGUCCUCCACUCCAGCGCGGCCAUGCUGAAGAUCGCCGAGAUGCAGUACAGCGGCGCCAACAGCAUCUUCCUCCGCCUGCUCAUCGACAAGAAAUACGCCCUGCCCUUCCGCGUGGUGGACGCCCUCGUCUUCCACUUCCUGGCCUUCCGCACAGACCAGCGGGACCUGCCCGUGCUGUGGCACCAGAGCUUCCUGGCCUUAGCCCAGCGCUACAAGGAGGACCUCUCCUCGGAGCAGAAGGAGGCUUUGCUCGAGCUGCUCAAGUUCCACAGCCACCCGCAGAUCUCGCCCGAGAUCCGGAGGGAGCUGCUGAACUCCAAGACGCGGGACGUGGAGGGGCAGCCGCCCGCGGCCAUGGAGUGAGUUGGGGAGAGGCAGGAAAAUCCUGCGGCCUGACUCGCUCCUGGGGUGCUGUUGGGUGCUGCUGGGAGCCCAGUGUGGGAGCAUCUGGGUGGGAUCCUGCUGCUCCAGGCGGGCGCUGGGGGCUGGACUGCUCAUUCUGCCCCUGUCCCACCCAGGAACCUGCUGCCAUCAGCACCGGGGAGGGGUUUUGGCUUGUUUCCUGUAUUGGAAAAUAAAACCCGUGUCCCAUC